AUGUCCAGGCCGAACACGCGUAACGGCCAAUCUCACGAUCCUGAUCAGUCGUACAGCCAGGACCAAUCGUACCCACCCAACGAGUCGUAUGCGCCCGGCGACGAGUCGUAUAUGCCCGACGAGUCGUAUGUGCCUGCCCAGUCACAUGCCCCACACCCUUCAUACGCGCGCGACCAGUCGCAUGCGCCUGAUCAGUCAUAUGCGCCCGACCAGUCGUAUGCGCCCGACCAGUCGUAUGUGCCUGCCCAGUCGCAUGUCCCCCAUCCUUCGUACGCGCCCGACCAGUCGUAUGCGCCUGCCCAGUCGCAUGUCCCGCAUCCUUCGUAUGCGUCUGUCCAGUCGCAUGUCCCGCAUCCUCCGUACACGCCCGGCAACUUCUAUGCGCCCAACAACUCGUAUGCGCCCAACGUCUCGUAUGCGCCCAACAUCUCGUAUGCGCCCAAUGUCUCGUACAUGCCUGAUCAUAACAUGCUUGACCAUUCGAACGGACGUGACCAUUCGUACGCGCAAAGGCAGUCGUACUCACCCGGCCAGUCCAACUCCACACCCUCCUUUAACCGUGCAGACUUGCCCCCGGUGGGCUCAUCAUCGAUCGUGUAUCAAGUUCGCCCUUCUUCCGCAGGUCCCUCCUCGAGUCCUGCUAACCAGCCUCCUGUCGGCGGUACUACUACUUCGUCCACAAGAGCGAAUCAGGCUUAUUCAUCUCCCGCGGUGCUGGCGGAUACCCUUCGGACCGGCUCUGUGACGCCUGCAGAUCGCGAUUCCUCUGCUACGCCGACUUCUCAGUACUACAGCCCGGGCCCUUCUUCCUUACAGUUGAACAACAUGAACUCCGACGUACCGAGGUCUGCAAUGGGUGUACCUGCUCGAGAACAUUCGCCUCAGGUUGCCGCUCUACCGGGCCAGCGCGAUGUUGAUCAUGACAUCGACAUGUCAAAUGAACAUGAGACACCCUCGACACCCCCUCCACUGACCACCAACCAGAUUCGUCUCAUUGGCAAGGAGCCAUCUUUCUCUGUGCUGGAACAAGUGGCUAGGCCCCAUCAAGUCACUGCGGCGCAGGCGCUUCGACGUGAGGCCUCACUCAAAGUAAAUGAACAACCUGCUCGACCGCAUCGGAUGUCGGCUGAGCAGCUCCUGGGGCGCCAACCUUCACUUGAGAUCCAACAUCCACGCGCUCGGCCGGCGUCUCAAGUGCCAGCUCAGGCUGCGGUCUGCCGUCCGCUCUCUACACAUCCGCUCUCAACACGCCCGCUCUCUACGCAUUCUACACAUCUGCCCUCUACACGACCAUCCUCUCACGCGCCGACUACUGGCCCCGCUCAUGAUGGGGUUCCUUCCCCUUCUCCGAGUCAAACACAACCGUCGCCGCAUCUACUGUCUCAGCAGACAGACACUGAGGCCGCUGCUGUUGCUACGCACGCGCCCACUGCGGUAUUACACCCUGAGACCACCCGGGAGCAUAGUCCAGCACAGACGACCAAUCCGCGAGUCCCAUCACCUUUGCCAUCCGCAGACCUCAACGAGGAGCUUGAGGACCGCAACAUGACCGGUCCAACGCCGCUGAGCAGUCCACUAUUGUCGAAGGGCAAGGCCAAGGAAUAUCGAGUCCCAACACCGACCUUGCCUACUGCUGGACCGUCAGACAGCUCCUCAGGACCUCCGAGUUUGAUGACGUCUGAGUUUGCCGUCCUUCUGCUCCAAUCGCAUGAGAAGACAAACAAUCUACUUUACUCUCUGAUCGAUGAGAACCGCCAGCUUCGCUCGACAGUAGGCUCGGAGUUGCAACAGAUCAGUAGGCGCCUCAAGAAAGUGGAGGCAGUAAUGAACUCGAAGCCGAGCAAGGGACACGACAACGAGGAUGAGGAUGAAGUCGAAGAAGAGUUAGGUCGCAUUUCUGACAACGAGCAAGCCGAUGAUGAACAAGAGCUGCACUUUGCGAAGCCACCCCGUCGUCGUACGCAUUCAAACAAGGUCGCUGUCCUCAAGGACACAAGCAUGAAAGCACAGGUUACGUAUCUCAAGAAAUGUAUUCGCCAGCACCUAGACCUUCUACUUGGGACGAGUGCAGUCCCGGAAAUGGUAGCAAGGCAUCCGCCCAUCACAGAUGAGGAAAUGCAGAACUACCUGGAUGACGACGGAGGCGUCGUCUGUACCGCUCAAAGCUUCCGUGUCGACUUCAUGAGGGCACCAUCAUGCACGUUCAAUGGAGAAGCUAGGAAGGUCUUUGUCGACAACUUCCUUGCCAGUGUUGAUGCGGGGUCAUACAAAGAUGAGACCAUCCCUCGCACCCUCCUAACGCAGCAAGUCAUCAGCACGGUCUACGACACGAAUAUGUCGUAUCGCCGAAAGCUCUAUAAGGAGCACCUCAAACCUUCGACUCGCGAAGACGAGGAACUGGUCAAGAAACGUAGAGCCGCCACUAGUCGCCGACGUACUUUACGGGAUAGCCGGGUCGCAACGGUGGUGAAGCACAAGCUAGUCCAACACACGGCCUUGUUCAAGAAGCUUCGGCCGAUACACAUGAGUGGCGAUGAGACUGAUGGGCAGGCAAAGACGCACCCCCCGGCAUACAGGAUCGUCGAAGCGCGCUGGCAGAGCCUGGAGCUGAAGACAUUCCUGAGGGCGCUCGAUGCGAUGUACCGGGAAGAUUGGGCGACGCCGGUUGGCAUCCGGGCAGUCAGCGGGAACUCUCCUCGUCAUCGCAUCGAAAGUGGUGCUCGGGUUGAAGAAGGUAUUGCGCCACCAUUCCUGUGGCGUAAUUGCUACGACCAGACUUGGUUACAGUCUCUCAAGCCACACGUGCUGGAGUCACUCCACAUCGUUGACGACCAUUACGACUUUAUCCUCAAACCCUCUGACUCUGCCUGA